AUGACACAGGCUCGACCAGCAGUCAAAAAGUCGGAUCUCAAAAAGAAAAGGAAACGGGAACCAACCCUGUUGACAGAGAGGGGUAUAACGUCGACCAAUUUCUUGCAACGAUAUCGUGUGCCUGCCGUAGAUCGCCAGCAUUCACCUCCAAAUAAACGCCAGGCUUCGGACGACACUGAUCAAAGCGACGCUGUACCUGAUGGUAGUAACACUACUGAGACAGCGCGAUUCAGAAAAUCAGCAUUCUCAACUGGGUUUCUAGGUCCUUCCAGCUUCUGGGCAGCAUUUGACGAGCCCAAUGAAAGUAACAGUCGCAGUCCAGCGCCAAUUACUACAGUAUCUACAUACCCAACUCCCUCGCAGUCCUCGCCAUACACGGAGUCACCACCAACCGAAACCAUCAUGGCCGUAGAGUCUGAUUCCACAAUCGCAGACGCAGAUCAAAUCGAGUGCGGAGCAAGAAUCCUCGUGCUUUUAGAAGAUUUGUCGCUAUAUGAGAACCUCAUCCAGCACCGAUUCACAAUCAUGGACCCUUGGGUCUUUGGUAAGAAAUUAGUGAAUGAAGCCCUCGCCGGGGUGUAUUUGCUACGUCAACAGUGGCGACAAGGCAGCAAACUAUCUCAAGCCAAGUUACUAACCUGGUCUGAGAGAUUGUUUGAGAACAGCUCCAAGCCCAUCGUGACACAUGCAAACAUGACAAUCACAGAAUAUUUCUCGUCGGUAGCUGCGAGGUGGGAGAUGAUUGGAGUGGUGUUUUCGUGGGUUGGUGUUGCGGCGCUCUUGAUUCCGGAUGAUCAUGAAUCGCUUCGGUCGGAUGAUGGAUCGAAAAUAGAUAUGCAGAAGUUGAGGAAACUUACCGUUGAGGUCACUGAGAUUUGUCUGGGGUUUUGUGAUAGUGUGGGCACGUUGAGUGACCCUUUAGUCUGGCUUCUUUUGCAGCAGACUAUUUUACUUGGUGAAGUACACGGCGACAGUGAUUAUAGACCCUGGCGCAAACUAGGAGAUCUGUCAACUAUAGUCUUUGCUCUAGGCUUACAUCGGCCAAAAUCUGACCCAUCUGUCCCCUUGUUUCUGGUUGAAAUUCGCAAACGUGCAAUGGCAGCCGGAUUUGCUAUAGAUAAGCAAUUGGCUACUCUUCUCGGACGACCUCCUCGAAUCGCCUAUCAGUACUGCGAUAUCCAGUACCCACUAGACCUUUCAUACGAGACAAUUUGCAUGAUCUCUGAGGGGAAGGACGAUCUUGCUCGAUAUAUCGGGCCUGACGGCUGGAAUGUAGAAGAAACCGUCAAUUCCGGAACUCGAGCAAGGGUCAAUGUUAUGCUUGCCGUGAUACGAGAAAAGGUUCUUGCUUUAUCACUGUCUCCGCACAAUGAUGAUUUAGAGCAGAGAGUCUCAGCCACCUGCGCCGAACACGACCAAAUGCGACUAUCACUCCCCUCAAAACUGGAAUGGCGGCCAAACAUCCAGAACUUCGACGAAGCUCAGGCCUGUCUGCUGGAGAUUCUCAAUCUCGAGUUCUUGCACAAUGAUUUCAUACUCUAUUCUGUCUUGAUCAGAAGGACUGGGGAGCAUAAAGAUAGAUUGAUACGGGCCGCACGGAAAAUGUUAAGUACAUUGGUGUCGCUGGUUUCAUCUCGAUCGCCAUCCAUGUCGAGUACUUUCCGGUCUUCUUGGGAUCUCUGCUACAUCGGCCUCCCAUGUGCAGGCGUCCUCGCUCAAGAACUCCUCCAACGCUCGCAACGAAAACAUCGUCAACCCGUACCAUCUGCCGCCGGUAAUACACCAACAACACCAUUCCCGCGCUCCGAAAUCAUCCAAAAUCUAAGCGUAUUUGCGUCACUGCUAGAAACAGCACUAAACAUCCGAGACGGGAACUACGAAAUCGGGAGAAGAGGAUUGGACGCAAUUCGAAACAUAUUAGAUCGUGUCUUGUCAUGCGAUGAUGAUGACGGCGCCCAGCACGAAUCUCGUCGUCAUGGCCAGCCCGAGAAGCAGCAGCAGCAGCAGCAGCAGCAGCAGCAAGAACAAAAACCGUAUAAAAUCAUCCCGGAUCCAGCUAUGGCUGGUUUCGGUUCGCCCGCGGCCUCUCAGGGUCAAUUUGAUGCUAUGCAGUCUACUCAACAGCUGCAACAAGAGAUUCCAGCUAGCCAACAACAACACCCUUCCAUUAUGAUGCAAGAUACAUCAAUCACACCAUCCUUCGCCCCAGCGCCAUCUAUCACGCCCGAUGGACUCGCGCCUGGAGCUGGAGCAGUUGGUUCUUAUAAUACAGACGACAACUUCCUCCCCAUAGAAUUCAUGUCGUGGCUCGACGGUUUUGAUUGGGCGCAGGAAUCGUUGUUGAAUUAUAGUUAA